AAUAAACAAUACAAUUACAACAGUCAAAUGUCUUCUUUGUAAAUUAUCGAUCUGAGUAGAACAUUAAAAAAAUAUUCUACAUGAAAAAGUACAUCUUUGUGUGCGUGAUCUCAAAUUACGGUCGUAGUAAAACCUAAAUGCUGUUUUUCCGUUCCGAGUCUUGUUUCUAUCCGGUCAUGUGACACUGACGGAACAACACAACACGACAUGUUACCAGCGGAUGGAAACAUCGUCAAAAUGUCUCAAAAUGAAGACAACGACAAAGCGCAGCUGAUUAAAGGUGCAGCCUUUCUGAGCACGGUGGCGUCUUUGGGCCUCAUGGCGGGCUUCGGCUCCACUUUGGCGCUGGCCAAGAAGAAAAACCCAGACUGGUUCAACAAGGGUGUCACGGCGACGGCGGCACUUCCUGAGAGCGGCACGGCACUAGCGCUGCGAGCUCUGGGCCGAGGUUCCAUGUAUGCCUGGUGUGGCGUGGGCCUGCUAAGCUUCACUGUGUGCAAACUUCUGGAUGUUCAUAGCCUGUCAGAGUUCAGACAGAAGAUGGCGUCCUUCUUCCCGCCUAUCCCAAAGUCAGACACGGCGGCAGGGUCUGACCUGCAGGAUUUGGACUCGCUCUUCAAGUCAAAAUGACAGAGGAGCUAAAGUGAGAAUGUUUGAGUGCGUCCCAGUUUGAGGACAUCUGGUGCGAUCAUGGACGCUCGGACAGUGGGGAUGUUGGACACGUGUUGAUUGAAUACAUGAAUACCUCCUCACAAAGCGUUGUAGCUGCAUCCCGUACAACCAAUCAAAUGUUGGCAUGCAGUCUCCUGACAAUGUCCACAUGAACAAAUAUGUUUUUGUGUUGUUUGAGAAUUCUUUAGAACUCUGUAAAUACAUUACUGUUCCUAAAUAAACUGACAAGAAGGGGAGGAUCAUGUCACAUAUCCCAUCCCAUCUUUGGGUCACAUAGCU